AUGUUUCUCCGAUAUUACCUCAAUGAGCAGGGCGAUCGCAUCUAUACACUGAAGAAAUUUGACGCUAUGGGACAACAUACUUUCUCUGCCCAUCCUGCUAGGUUUUCCCCAGAAGACAAAUACUCAAGACACCAAAUCACCAUCAAGAGAUGCUUCAAAGUGCUCAUAACCCAGCAACAGCGCCCUGUCCUCUGA